AUGUCGUAUCAGCUGGGAAUCACCUCCAUGUCACUAGGCCGCGCCACGGCCGGCCACUCUUUCACACACAAACUCAACAUGGCCGUAAAAUACGGCUACAAGGGGAUCGAGCUCUUCUACGAAGACUUGUGUGAGGAGGCAGCUUCCCGCUUCGGAAAUGGCACUACACCUCCUUCCAAGGAAGCCCAGCUGGAGGCGGCUCGACACAUCCGCGCUCUUUGUGCAGAGCGUGACCUUUUUAUCAUCUGCUUGCAGCCCUUUGCACACUACGAAGGCCUGGUUGACAGGAAAGCACACGAUGAGCAGAUCGAGAAAUUAUACUUCUGGAUUGACCUUGCUCACGAGCUCGGCACCGAUAUGAUCCAGGUGCCCUCGUCAUUUCUCCCCGCAGAGCAGGUUUCGGAGGACAUGAACCUCAUCGUCUCCGACCUGCAGAAGAUCGCAGACAUCGGCGCAGCAGCUUCGCCUCCAAUCAGAUACGUAUACGAGUCCUUGUGCUGGGGGACUCGUUCAGACCUCUGGGAGACGUCGUGGGAGAUCGUCAAGAAGAUCGACAGGGACAACUUCGGUCUCUGCCUCGACAGCUUCAACAUCGCUGGCAGGAUAUACGCCGACCCCUGCGCAGCUUCGGGGAAGUGCGAUAACGCCGAGGAGGUCGUCCGCGAGUCCAUGGAGCGCCUGGUCAGGGAGAUGAAGCCACAUAUCCACAAGGUGUUCUACGUCCAAGUCGUCGACGCCGAGAGGCUCUCAGCGCCGCUCGUCCCAGGCCACGCGUACUACAACGCCGAGCAGCCGGCCCGUAUGAGCUGGAGCCGCAACUGCCGUCUUUUCUACGGCGAGGCCGAGUACGGAGCCUACCUGCCCGUCCGCGAGAUCUGUGAGACCUUCUUCAACAAGCUCAACUUCAAGGGCUGGGUCAGCUUGGAGCUCUUCAACCGCCGCAUGGGCGACACAGCCAAGGAGGUCCCGGAGGAGCUGGCCCGCCGGGGUGCCAUCUCCUGGCGCAAGCUAAUCAAGGACAUGAGGCUGACCGUCGACGAGCCCGCCCCCGUGCCAUACGCGCCCGUGGUGUCAUAUGCUACCCCGACAUUCGAAACUGCGCAGAAGGCGGUCUCGGCCAUUGUCCAGGGGUUCAGGUCUAAGGUAUUUGAUUUUGGCAAAUGA